AGAGGGGUUUAGAGAUUAAAAGCAGAGGAAGACGGUGAUUGGUUGCUUCUAGAAUCUAGAUAGUAGAGAGUGGGUCGGGUCGAAGUUUAGGAAUUUUUUUCAUCUAUUUUGUUAUAGGAUUCGGGUUCGGAUACAACCCGAAUCUAGCGGCCUUUUCGUACCCAAACCAAGUACUAAUAAAAAAAAUUUAAAGUAGUAAAAAUAAAAUAAAAAGUUCUUCAACGAAGACCAGCUUUGGUUGAAGAUGAAGUGUUGAAGCCAUUAAAGUAGUAAUAAUAACAUAAAAGGAAUCAGCGAAAAGGAGGCCGAAAAAUUAGCGAAUUGGGUUUUUGUAUGGGUGAGAGACCUGAAACACGGUUUCGUUUCGGCUUCUACUUCACGAGAGCCCAGAAUCUCAUUUGCUUCGUAAGGUGAUUUUUGGUCGAUAAAUUGAUCUGGGUCUGGUUCAAGCUAAGAAAUUUCUGUGACCCAGAAGAAGCUGAAUUUUUCUGAAUUAAAAAAAAAUGGCUUCUCUGUCAAGCACAGGGGUAGCUCCUCUAAUUAUACCCAGUGAUUCUCUCCGGUCUGUUCUGUUCGGAAGAACAAUGCUUUAUAGCGGUUCUAGGCAGAAGAAAGUUCACGAUAAGAUCAUUUGUUCUUGCAUGGCGCCUCCCCAGAACUUGAGGAAUGAUGGGUCCUUUGCUACCAAAUUCAAUGAUUCAUUUAAGUCAGGUGAGUUGAGCAGGGUUCGAGAGCCUAAUUAUGGUGAUUCUGAUGUUCUAAUUGAGUGUCGAGACGUCCAUAAAUCAUUUGGAGAGAAGCAUAUAUUGAGAGGUGUGAACUUCAAGAUUAGACAUGGCGAAGCUGUUGGGAUAAUUGGGCCAUCUGGUACUGGAAAAUCUACGAUUUUAAAGAUUAUUGCAGGACUUCUAACCCCAGACAAGGGAGAAGUUUACAUUCGAGGCAGAAAAAGAGCUGGUUUAAUUAGUGACGAGGAGAUUUCUGGGCUACGAAUUGGAUUGGUUUUCCAAAGCGCGGCACUUUUUGAUUCUCUCACAGUUCGGGAAAAUGUUGGUUUCCUCCUAUAUGAGAACUCAAGCAUGCCUGGUGAUCAAAUUUCAAAGCUUGUGACAGAAAGCUUGGCUGCUGUUGGAUUAAAGGAUGUGGAGGAAAGGAUGCCUUCUGAAUUGUCUGGUGGAAUGAAAAAACGGGUUGCAUUAGCUCGAUCGAUUAUUUGUGAUACUUCAAAGAAAGCUAUAGAGCCUGAGGUUCUUUUAUAUGAUGAACCUACGGCUGGGCUUGAUCCUAUCGCAUCUACUGUUGUAGAAGAUCUCAUCCGAUCUGUACACAUGAAAGGCGAAGAUGCAGUUGGGAAGCCUGGGAAUAUUGCAUCAUACGUGGUUGUCACCCACCAACAUAGUACCAUUGGAAGAGCGGUUGACAGGUUAAUAUUUCUUCACGAGGGUAAGAUUGUUUGGGAAGGGAUGACUCAUGAAUUUACAACGUCAACAAAUCCAUUUGUCCAACAGUUUGCAUCUGGGAGCUUGGAUGGCCCAAUUAAGUACUAGCCUUGGCAAAUUGAGUCUGCGGUGCUGUUGUUAGUAGUCAUCUACUUGGAUUCCUAAAUACUGAGAAAUUAGCAGUGAGAACUUGCAUGGAGCUAGCCCUUUUGCAUACUCAACAAGAAAUUCGAGUUUAAGCAAUUGAGUUCUUGAUGCUUGAUGAGAAAGAAAAAAAAAGCCACACUUUUUGGGUGCCAACUCGAUUCAGAAAGAGCCUGCUGAAUCGACAUUACUUACACAUAUAAUUUGUUGUAUUCUUAGGCUGGUUAGAUGAUUCAACCAUUUGAUAUUGUUAGUGACAUUUAAAAUGAACUGUUCUUUCUACUCUAGUUCUAUAAAUUUAUAAAAUUCCGCCGAUUUUAUUAUUUUCAUCGAACUAUAUCAAUAUUUUUUGCAACAACAUUUUAAUAUUGUCAAUGAAAAACAGUUACAUGAAAAUAAGGCUAAAGGGUAAAGGAAUGGCCAAACUUUUAACUACAGUACACAGGUCAAGAGUUCUAGACAACUUUAUAGAAAAAGGGGGUAAAGAACUCCAAUAAUAAUUACAAAGACUUGUUCAUAACAUUGAUGUCAAAUUAUAUAUAUAGCUGCAUUUUCACAAUCAGAAACAGCUUUUUGAUAAACAUGGAAGAACAAAUUAGGAGAGACUAUUUGAUCAUCGCAAGAAAACUCAACUUGUUGUCUAGAGAAAAAGAAAAAGUAGGCUGCAAAACUUUUCGUUUCUUCUCAAACCUUUGUCUGGAGAAUGUAAUUCCUUGCUCGAGCAGAGCAAAAGAGCGUAAAAAUCCCAAAGUAGAAGCUAAGAGAAGUGCUUAAACCAAAAAUCCACAAAGAAAUCAUGCCGUUAGCGAUCAGGCCGUCAGCGUUGUCGUCCUCAAAGGCCUUCCCCGGAACCACUGGAAGGCCUUCAGAGUCGCACCCUCCACCAGAGGACUCCACACACAAGCCUGGGUUUCCGGCAAAUGCACCAGGAAACCUCAAAUAUGCUUGCUUCUUGGGAACAAAACCAGAAAAAGAGUUGUAUGACAGAUUUAAAAGCGUCAGAUACUGAAGGCUGGAAAUGUUUCCUGGGAUAUGACCUGACAAAGAAUUAUGGGACAAGUCCAAGGCUCUUAAGCUCUUCAUCUUCUCCAAACUUGGAACAUGUCCAUUAAGAAAAUUGUAUGAUAAAUUCAGAUAUUCUAAACCUUUCAGUCCAAAUAAACCAGCAGGAACUUCCCCACGUAGCAUAUUACCAGAUAUGUCAAUUCCAACCAAUGAAGAUAGAAAAUAAAUGAACCCUAGUUCACUACUACCAGAAACAAAGAUUGAAACUUUGGUGCCCAAAUCACGCCAUGUGAUCCUUUGUUCCUUUGGAAUUUUACUGAUGUCUCCUCUGUUGUUGAAAUUUAAGCUAGUGUUGAAGUUUCCAUCUGGUAGGAAACCGGAGAAUUUGUUUCCUGACAAGUCCAUCAUUUGGAUUGCUUCGAAUGUGAACAACCAGCUUGGUAAACUUCCAUUGAAAUUGUUGUGAGCUAGGGAGAGAUACCUGAGACUUGUCCAUUUGGUUAUGGCAUCAUUUAACAUUCCAGACAGAUGGUUUGAGCUGAAAUCUACAAUCUCCAGCGACUUACAGCCUGCCAAAGUUAAUGGGAUUUCACCAGAAAUCUUGUUGUUGCUAAUGUCCAAGAUCUUCAAGCCGUCCAACGCAUCAAGCUCCGGUUGGAUUUCACCAGAAAGAUUAUUGUCAUUGAGUUUCAAUGCAAGAAGCUGAAAACAACCCACAAUGUUCAGUGGAAUUGAACCUGUUAAGGAGUUGUGUGACAGAUCAAUCACUUGGAGAUAAGUUAAGUUUCCAAUUCUAGCUGGAAUCUCCCCAACAAGAAGAUUGUGUGAAAGAAACAAUGCCUGUAAGCUUUUCAGUUCUGUUAUCUUUAAAGGUAUUUCACCCGAAAAGCGGUUGUGAGACAGGUCAAGAAGGAGAAGCCCUGAUUUAUCUGUUGUCACUGCAAUCUUGCUUGGAAGAGGACCUGAUAAAUCAUUGUUGCUCAAGUCCAAUACAAAAAGCUUCUCUGAAAACACAAGUCUAGGUGGUAUCUUAUAAGCCAAAUGGUUGAAUGAAAGGUUUAGAAGGGUCAAACUCGUUAGUGAAGCCAUACAAGAAGGUAUUCCCCCUACAAGUGCAUUGUUAGCCACAUUCAAGACACUGAGAGACUGAACUGAAGCUGAGAAACAAGGCAAGGUACCCGAAAACCGGUUGGAGCCAAGGUUGAGAAAAACUAAUGGCUGAUGAAAAUCAGGAAGACUACCAGAUAAAUUAUUGUUCCCAAAGUCCAGAUGCUUCAAAGACUCCAAGUGCAACAACUCUUCAGGAAUUUCACCUAGAAAAGAGUUAGAAUCCAGAGCAAGUUUCUCCAACUUGGUUGAGAAAUUACCAACCCAUCUAGGAACAAUGCCUCCCAAAUCCUUGUUACCACUCACAACGAGCUCUGUUAACUGGCUAAGCCUCAUGAGUGUGUUAGGCAGUAUACCAUGAAACCGAUUGUGACUAAGAUUAAGACUUUUAAGAUUCUGCAUAUUACCAAAACACGAGGGGAUUGGGCAUGUAAAAUUGUUUUGAGACAAAACCAACUGUUCAAGAAAAGGAAGUUUGCAGAAAUUGGGGUGAAUUUGGCCUGACAAGUUCAUGUUCACCAAGUUAAUUGAAACCACAUGACCAGUCUGGUUCUCGCAGGUGAUUCCAGUCCAGUUGCUACAGUUAGACCCAACCCAACUAGACAAACUCCGACUAGGAUCUUGCACCCAUGACUUGAACAGUAAAAGUGAGCCUUUUUCAUCUGAGUCAAUAUCAACAGACUGAGAAACCAUGGAAGACAGCAAAAUCACCAAUAUGAGUGGCACUACAUGCAAUUUUAGAGCUUUACAAGUCCAAUAAGCCAAAACCCGUUUCUUUCCCAUUAUAAAAAUCUGGAUAGGAGUAAAAGGUUUAAGAGGAGUAAAAUGGAAUGAAUGGAUGGAAGCUUAAACCUUUCUUCUUCAAGCAAAAUCUUGGACAAGUGUAAGUUUCAACCAAACAACAAACAACAAGUUAAGGAUUCAUACAUAUACAGAAAGAAAGACUUGCAUAUGAGGAAGAAAUGAAAAGGGUUAGCUGGAACAGUGAGAAAGAAUGUACCUUUACUCUCAAGUGUGAGAGAAAAGAGAACUACAUAAAUUCUCUUUCUUUGGGGUUUUAGAGUAAAAAAGAAUAAACAAUAAAUAU